AUGUCGGAAAUUAUGGAAUAUGAAAUGAUUAAUAAAAACGAAACUGAGGUUGGAACAGCAAAUAAUGGUUUAAAUGACAAUAUAGAAGGUGGUUCUGAUCCAACGAAUGAGGAUAACAUGGGUAAUGAUAGUGCUAACAAUGGUCUUGGCUCAGAAAAUGAACCGAAAAUUGACUCUAUUUUGACGAAUAAUCCAAACAAUCCUGAUAAUAUCUUAACUGGUGAUCCAAACGAUAAAGGUUCUAGUUUAGAAAAUGUCUCUAACUCAGAGGGUGAUCCAAACGAUAAAGUUCCUAGCUUAGAAAAUGACUCUAAUUUAAAGGGUGAUCCAAACGAUAAAGGUUCUAGCUUAGCAAAUGAUAAUGCUCAAGCUCCCCAAAUAAAUCUCGAAAAAAUGGACAUCGAUAAUCAAAAUGAAACGAUGAAUGGACAAAUCCCUGAAAACGAAGAUGUCAUUACAACCCAGCAACAAAUUUUAAAACCGCAGCAAACUUUAAAUCCAGAAAAUCAAAAUGAUAAUGAUAAAACACAAGAAAUAUCUGUACAUGAUAAAAUUGCUUUAUUAGAGGCAACACUUGCUGAACAUGAAAAUGAAAUUGCUAGACUUCACGUUAAUCUAAGUAAGCGUGAUACUGAAUUGGAUGAAAUUAAAAGAACAAAUCAUCAACUUCAUCAAGAUAUUUAUCACAAAGAUAGUUACAUUUCAAAUCUUACAAAUGAUCGUAAUAAUUUAUUCAGUCGCAAUAGUGUAUUAAGUAAAUCAUUAGAUGAAGUUACAAAAAAAAAUGAAGAAUUAAAAAAUGAAGCUGCUCAUUAUCAAUCAAAAUUGGGCGAUGCAAAAAAUUUCAAAUUAAGUGAUGAUGAUCCUAAUAAUAGCACUGCUCUUACACGAGACAUUGAGCAAUUACAAGAUAAAAUUAAUUUGUAUGCAAGAGUAAAAAAAGGUGUUACGCUUAAUUUGGAAAAUGCAAAGAUUGUAUUACAACAAAACUAUGGCUGUUCAUUAGAUCAUCUUGCAAAUGAAGAUUCUGAAGAGAAGAUACUUAUUAAAUGGCUUCUUCAAAGAAUCUUAAUUGAAACAGUUACAAAAAUUAUGAAUAACUAUAUAGGCAAAUGUUUUUCUCAACUUGGUUCCGAAGCUAGUCGUGAAUUAGAAUUAAUCCAUACAACUCGUAAAAUGAUUGAACUAUUAAGCGAAUUUGAUAAACAUCGUGAUGGUAUUGAUGAAGUAACUCAAGCUAUUCCAAUAAAACUACGUCAACAGAUCUAUGCUGUUCUAGGUGAUCGUGGUUUUGCUGAUAUUAAAGAUGAUAAAAAGGAACAUCCAUUCAUAUCUUAUGCUACGAAAGAAAUUGACAACAUUAUGUCCAAGUUUCGUACUUUUAGAGAUGAAGAAAAGAAACAAGAAGUUGAUAAAUUGCUACCAUCUAUCAUUAGAGAUAUUGUAAAAAUUUUCUUUUUCCGAUUAAAGGUUCAAGAACCAGAAGCAACUUUCAGAUGGUUUAAAAGAGGUGAUAAAAUAGAUCCUCUUCAAAUGAUUGGUCCAUGGGAUGAAAAUAUAGAUCAGUGGUUCGUCGAUAUUUGUUAUUUUCCUUUGAUUGGUAUAGACUUAGAUAAUGAAAACAAUCGCAAGAUCCUUUUCCAGGCAAAAGUUGCCGUUUUAAAAGAAAAAAAAGGAGGUAAUAUUUUAAAAAAAAUUGGUAGUAUAUUCUCUCCCGAAGAAAAACGUUCUCAACCAGCUCGUCAGCAAAGCAGACAAAACAGUUCUGGUAGUCAACCAACUACUAGACAAAGUAGUCUUAAUACUAAAAGUGCUGAUCCCAAUCUUCAAGGUGAUCCAAGAAACAACUUUGUGGUACCUCCAAAGGGCCAACAUUCUCAAAGUUCAAGCGUGUUGUCUAAUAAUAAUCGAACUCCAAAAUAG